AUGCCUUGGUGGAUCUCCAGCCGCCACGGCGACGAGAAUUGGCCGUCGCACAUGGAGCGGCGCCGCGACGGCUCGACCAAAGUCAAGGCCAAGAAGCCACUGCCGGUCUGCGUCUAUCUCGUGGAAGACUGCGUCGACGAGAGACAGCUUUACUUUUCGGGCAGUGGAUCAUCGACCGCAUCGACCUUCUCAUCCAGGCCUCGAGCGCGCUCUCCAAGACGCUACCUCCCACUGCCGGUUCCUGCUCCGUCACCACCAGUCCCGGCGGCCGUCGUGACAGUCGACUACCCAGCUGACACUGCCUGUGGCAGCACCGAGAGCUGUGUCGGCGGAAGCGACACGGAGAGCGGCGGCCACAGUCGCAGCAGUGGCAGCAGCAGCAGUGGCAGCAGCACCACCUCCAGCAGUGGGAGUCGCCGGGGCAGCUCAUUUGAAGACACGACCUCCUACCGCCCAAGACGAAGCCUGUCGCCGACGCCGUCGGCGUCCUCGACCACGUCGCGGCACAGUAUUCCGCUUGACUUUUCCUCCAACGUCUCGUCCGUUUCUGUGGCUUCGGCGGCAGCAGCGUCAUCGUCGUCAUCGUCGUCGUCGUCCAGCUCGUCUAGCUCGCCACUGCCACACCCAAGGGAGCCCUCGCCGCCACCCAGCCCCGUGUUUCCUCGUCCGCCGGCGUCUCCCGCCAGCUCGUCUGCAGCGGCCUCUGCAUCUGCUAGUACAUCGACUACCUCGUCCAGCCGGUCGACGCCUAAGCCGAACGUCUCGGUCGAUGUCGUCACCUGCGAGCCGGCGGCCUCCAUUGCAGGCAGUGGACGCGGCAUUUUCAGUUCCAGUGAUGGGAGCAGCCAGGUCGGCAGCAACGACACCAGCAGCUACAGCGUGCCCGCCGUUGUGGCGGUUCCUGAGCAGCCGAUUGCCCUCCGUCGCACAUGGGCGCGGCCGCAGCCGAUGCCGAUGCUCCAGCCGAUCCAGACCGACUUUCCGCCGUACCAGGUCGGGUACUCACCUUAUGUGCCGUACCCGGCAUACGAUGCGCUAUCGCCUAGUACCAGUCGGUCGAAACACCGAGCGCGUCGGGCCGACCGGACGCCGAGGUCGCCGUGGGCCUUCUCACGCACACCAAGGACGCCCAAAACGCCCAAGACGCCCAGGACACCACGCCUGGCAAGAACGCCAAGGGCCGUCCGUAUCAAGCCUCGCAAGAGGGAGCCACCUCGCAUCAUUCAAGUGCCCCGCUCGCCACUCCCGUACAGUGCGCCAGCCGUGGGCUCCCAUUUCGUGGAUGGAGCGUAUCGCGGCCGCCCUCUGAGUCCCACGGGCAGUUAUGUGCGCACCGAGAGUGGGUCGCGGGAGCGUCGGCGACAACUACGGGCCGCUUUGGCCGCUCGGAAAGCCGAGGCCUCGGCCGCUGCCAUGGCCGUCGAAGCAGCAGCAGCAGCAGCAGCAGCAGCACCAUCGUCAUCAUCGGUAGCCACAUCAAGCCGGUCAUACCGCUCGGGGCCAUCGAGCCGUGUUCCUCCGAAGAUCGUCAUGGGUGAUGGCAGCAGCAUCAGCAGUCGCCGCAGUCAUCGCAGUCAUCGCCCGCUGACACCUAUACGCGUCGUCGCUCCGCAGCUACCCACACCCCGCCGGCGCAAGAGCGCCCUCGCCCUGUCCCGCCACCGCACCGAGCCCAUCCGCUCGCCCAUUUUCGACGUCCAUCGCCCGCCCCCGCGCACGCCGCGACGGCAGUCGGCCACGGCCGGUCUGGCGAGCGAUCCCCGCGUCGCACGCGUCGACGACCCCACCUGGGGCGACUACCUCAAGGGUGGCAGCCGGGUCGUGCAAACACGGCCGGUCCGUCGCUCGUUAAACACGCCAAACACGCCAAACACCGUCUCCCACAGCCGCAGCCGCAAGUCGACGGCCUCCAGCAAGCCCUCCCUCUUUGGCGGCUACUACGAGUCGACGGCGCCCAGAAAGUCCAGGGCAUCGACCCCGACGGAGCGAUCCAUGCGGCCGCUCGACGACAUUCUGGCCUACCUGCGGCCGCGGGAGAGCUCCAUCGAUCCUAGCCACACCAACCCGCCCAAGCCGAGGCGGACGGCGGCAAGCAUGGCGCCGCGCAUGGCCGCGGCGCGGAGAGAAGCCACGCGACGCGGCGAGCAGCUUUCCGAGUCGACGUCGGAGUCGCGGUCGAUGCUGCGGUCGCGGUCGCGAUCGCAGUCACGGUCGAGGAUGUGA